GCAGUCUUCAUUUAGGAAUAGUAAGCCCCGGCAGUAGGUUACCGUCUCCACUGCACGAUACUGUCGCUUCAAAACGUGUGUCUUUUUCAAAAGCAGAACACGAGGCAGACUAGGACGCGCCACGAAACCAAAUAACACGGUGGACUGUAUAGAAGGUGAAGCCAAGCAGGAGACACACGGGGCCAAACUGUGGAUACUGAUCUUUAUAAUAUGCGCUCAACCUGUACCGUUGGAUAACCAGGAAUUUUAAGACCUACGUCUGGAGUGUUUGGAGCCUCUGCAACGGGGGGACCUUGUGCUGAUCUUCAAGAAGGAUAUAUAUUUUCGUUUUGCUUUUUUUUACGGUUUUACGUUCUACCGUGACUAUUUGGAAUAGGAGACUUGUGACGGGAAAGCGGUAUUUUGAGGAGACGAGCGGCUGCACAGGAGAAACAGAAAGGAUGGCAGCUCUGUUCACCUUUAUCUUCGCACUUAGCUUAACGAUUUCAACGCAGGUCUGGGGAUCCGGAAUAUUUGAGCUCGACCUGCAGGAUUUCAAGAAUAAUAAUGGACUGCUAGCAAAUGGGACAGCGUGCAAACCAGACUGCAGGACUUUUUUCCGAAUUUGCUUGAAAAACUACCAAACGGUGGUGUCUCCAGGUGAAUGUAUCUUCGGCAGCGUCAUUACUCCAGUCCUGGGGACAAACUCGUUUAGCGUCCGGCAAAGCAGCAGUUUCAGCAAACCCAUUCGAAUGCCGUUCAACUUCGGAUGGCCGGGGUCAUUUUCUUUAAUUAUUGAAGCCUGGUAUUCUCCCUCCGCGGAUCUACCUGCAGACACAAACAACCCCGAAUUAUUGAUUAGCUCUUUUGCCAUCCAAAAAAAGUUGGAAGUAGGGGAUGAGUGGUCUCCUGAUGUACAGAACUUCAAGCAGACGGAGCUAAGGUAUUCUUACCGGUUCAUCUGCAAUGAAAAUUACUACGGCGAAAGUUGUUCCAAAAAAUGCGCACCCAGGGACGACCAUUUUGGCCACUACACCUGCGACCCUGAUGGGCAAAUAUCCUGUCUCCCUGGCUGGAAGGGAGAAUACUGCGAACAACCGAUCUGUCUGGAGGGAUGUAGCAAAGGGAAGGGCAACUGCUCCAAGCCAGGGGAGUGCGUGUGCAGGGAUGGUUGGCAGGGACCAUUCUGCGAUGAGUGUAAGCCAUACCCGGCCUGCAAGCACGGAACCUGCCAACUGCCGAACCAGUGCAACUGUGAGGAAGGCUGGGGCGGACUCUUCUGUGACCAGGAUCUGAACUAUUGCACCCACCACAAGCCAUGUCAGAACGGGGCGACUUGCAUGAACACGGGCCAGGGAAGCUACACCUGUACCUGCCAGCCGGGCUUCACUGGGGUCAAAUGCGAGCUGGAGGUCAAGGAAUGCGACAGCCAGCCCUGUCGCAACGGAGGGAGGUGCAUGGACUUGGAGAGCGGCUACCACUGUGUGUGUCUGCGUGGGUUCGAGGGGGAACACUGCGAGCACAGCCUCCUGACAUGUGCCGACUCCCCCUGCUUCCACAAUGGGAAGUGCCACGAGAAGGACAACGGCCGCAGCUACACCUGCGAGUGCCCCCGCGGCUUCACGGGACUCAACUGCGAGAAGAAAGUCGACAUGUGCACAUCCCCCCCCUGUGCGAAUGGUGGGCAGUGCUACAUCAUCGGCAACCUGAGGUUCUGCAGCUGCCGGGCCGGUUUCACGGGUCAACACUGUGAGAUCAACAUCAACGAGUGUGCGGCAAGCCCCUGUGCCAACGGCGGGACCUGCGUGGACCGCGUCAAUGACUAUAGCUGCGUCUGCGCCCCCGGCUUCUCAGGACACAACUGCGACCGUCCGGCCGACGAGUGCAUCCUGCAGCCCUGCCUGAAUGGUGGGACAUGCUCUGGUGGCCACGGCAGGCCAUUCGUAUGCACCUGUGCGACCAGCUAUUUCGGCAACCUCUGCCAGCAUCACCAGCUGCUGGUGCCGUCCGCCCCGAGCCCCACCCAGCACGAGCAGGCGAGUGACGCCUACCAGUGGGCGGCCGUGUCCCUCGGGAUGGGUCUGGUGGUUCUGCUGGUGCUGCUCUGCAUGGUGGUGGUCGUCCUGCGACACGUGCGGCACCAACGAGGCCGGGACGGGCCUGACAGGGACGCCAUGAACAACCUGUCCGACUUCCAGAAGGACAACCUUAUCCCAGCCUCACAGCUGAAGAACACCAACAAGAAGGUGGACCUGGAAGUAGAUUGUGGCCUGGAGAAGUCCAACUACAAACACAAUAACUACCAUUUGGACUACAAAUCCUCCAAGGAAUACAAGGACGACAUGUCGCAGGAUGACAGGACUCACAGUUAUGAAAAGUGCCCCGAAGAGAAAACACCAUUGAGUAGAAUGUACAGUGAAAAGCCAGAGUGUAGGAUAUCGACGAUAUGUUCCCCAAGAGAUUCCAUGUACCAGUCCGUGUAUGUAAUAGCAGAAGAGCGGAACGAGUGUGUCAUAGCAACUGAGGUAUAAACUGUGGAAGAUAACCUAAAAAAAUCAAAAUCAAGGAGGAAUAUCUUCCAGACUGUUUACAGAACUUAAGAAGAGACUGGGAUUUAUUUAAAUGUAAAUUGCUGCUCUUGAAAACUUGAUAACUGGAGAGAGCGGGAGUCUGCUCUGAUUGCAAUAGGACUUCUACUUCUGUCAAGUGUUUGAAUGUAUAAGAGUUACUGAACUGUGGAGGGGAUCUCAGAAGCACAUGCAUGUGCAUCUUGGAUGUUUCACCAGUAGGGCAGCAUGUGUGUGUAUGCGUGUGUGUGUGAAUGUGCCUUAGUGAGCAUGUGUGUGUGUGUGUGUGUGUGUGUGUGUGUGCACUGGCAUACAUUGCCCUCUGGAGCCAUGGCGGGACUUCGAUACGAGCACACCUUUUUGAGAGAGACAGCAGACUGUAAAUAUGUGAGCAGACGGCUAAUGGACGGAGGAAGGGUCUGCCUCGGAUAAAAAGACCCUCAGCAUUGUGGCGAUAAUCAUUGACCAAUCAACAAGCAGCCAACAGAUAAGUGGGAGGGGCCAGCUACUUCCCGGAUUCUUCCCAGGCUGUGUGCUAUGCAAGAAACUAAAAAAAAAAAAAAUUGUAGAUUUCUCCAAGUAAAGAACUCUACAUAAUUCUUUCUGGGGGAGGGGGGGGGAAUAAUAAAAAUAAAUACAAGUGACGGUUCGUAGUUCAUAAGAACGGCUGAGAAUUGUCAAAUCUGCAAAAUGACUGGCAUUUCAGUUUUUUUUUCCAAGCUUUGAUAAAGAUUGUAUGCAGCCCAUAUCACAAAGCCUUAACAUGGGUUUGAAGCACUGAAUUUGUGCCCUGACUUUCUUGGGUUUUUUGCACUACAGAGAAGGGGAGGAAGAGAUAUUUUCCUUUGGAAAUUGAAUGGGAUUUAGGGUGGAAAAACAAAGGAUGGAGACCCAAAGUGCUGUGCCAGUGGGACCCAAGGAAAAGUACAACCCACUACUUUUUAUAAUUAUGCAAAAUUGCCCAUACAAUAAAAACGAAGAGAAGUGACUAUCGUACCAAGGACUGCCUAUAAUUAGUAUUGAAAUUACUGAACCAAUAAUGUUAUUUUUUAAGAUUAGAAUUUCACUAGUUAAUUUAAAUAUUAUGAAGCACUGAUCUUUCUAUGUUUUAUAAGAUUAUUUUGUAUAUAAUGUAUAUUUAUAAACAGAAAAUGUCUGAAGUGUACAAGCAGUUUCUUUUAAAACUGUGUUUCAUUUGAUGUUCACAAAAUAUGAAUUUAUUUUUUUGUUUUUGUUUUUUUUUUUUAUCAAUGAAAACAUACCUGGUACAUAGUUGUUUCCUGGCCUCAUUAAAUGUUAAAGAAAGACGGAAUACUGGAAAUCCUAGCACUUUGUCUAGCCUUUGGAAUUCUGUAGGUCUUUUCAGUUACAGCCAAUAAUCCAACAAAAAAAAAAAAAAAAACCAGCUACAUCUGGAUUUCCUGUGAGCUUGUAACUUGUAAUAAUCGCAUUUACUUAGAGUGGUAGUCUUUGUCGUGUAAAAUCCAUGUGCUCUCAGUCAUUGGUGGUCAGUAUUGUACUUGUUGGUAACAGGCAGAAGACGUUGGAAUAUAAGGAGUAAUAUAUUAAAAUGUAUAAAGUAAAAUUA